AUGAUAGAAAUAUCCUUUGUGGGCCCCAAAGAGAAGGAAAUCCAUGACAUCCAUCAGUAUGUCUGGGUCCUGCAGGGCAGCAUACUCGUAGCUGUUCCAAAUGAUGAAACUGUGAAGGCAGGUUUGACAUCAAGCAAUUCCAAUGGCUUCAGUAUUCUGGAUUCCAACCAGCAGGUGUUGUCUCUACAGGAUAAGACUCUCAUAGCAACCCCGUACACUGACCAUGUGAUUCCUGUUACUUUGGAAAUACUGCCAUGUAGAGACCCAGAAUACCCCGUGAGAGAUGAAAGAAUAGCUGUUUACUUGGGAAUUAGUGGCAAAGACCUCUGUUUGUUAUGUGAAGAAAGUAGAGGGCAGCCUAUCCUGAAGCUAGAGGAUAAGAAGAUAAUGGACCUGUACUCUUCCCAGAAGGCACAGAAGCCUUUUGUCUUUUACCAAAAUCAGAUUGGCAAUACAUCAACUUUAGAAUCAGCAGCAUAUCCUGGGUGGUUCAUCUGUACCUCAACUGAGAUAGACCAACCUGUCACAAUUACACAGCAUAUAGGGCCAAAUCACAAUAUUGCUUUUUAUUUAUCACCCUGA